GUAAAGUGUACAGAUAAUGAAAUCUUUCGAGUACGCCCUCCUCUCUCUUUUGUUAAAGCUGACGAAACUGCUAUUGUCAAGAUAAUUUUAACCGCCAAGACUCCUCCGGAAAACAACAGACAUUUCUUUGCUGUCUAUCACAUGAAAUGUACCGACGACACAGGCAAAACAGCACGGCAGGUUUGGACACCGGACUCAAAAGCAGAAGGUGUCGCUAGAAUAAUAGUAGUUUUUGAGGCAGCAGAUGCGGAAAAGAAAGAGGAAAAGAAGGAGUCCGCUGAAAAAGAUGGAAAGAAAGAGGAAGAAAAGAAGGAAGAGAAGAAGGAGGAGAAGAAGGAAGAGAAGAAGGAGGAAAAGAAGGAAUCUGCUGAAAAAGAGGGCAAAAAAGAAGAGGAGAAGAAAGAAGAAAAGAAAGAUUAA